AUGGCGAAGCAGAAGGCGCCCAAGUCGCGCGCCGCGGCGAAGGACGCUGCUAAGAAGAUGAGAUCGUCGCCCAACAUCUAUGACAGAACCAAAAUCCUCGACUUCUACCAUGCAAACGGCCGUAACCAGACGCGCACGGCCACGUACUUCAAGGCCAACGGUUUUCCCAACAUUAGCCAAACCACCGUCUCGCGCAUGGUUGUUCGCGAACGUCCCGUGCGCUACGUCGACGACGAAGAUGCCUGA